GCGAGCUGGUCGAGUUGGUGGUUGCUACGUGAGGAGCCGUUAUUUCAUGGCUGCUACGGGCCAGACUACUGAGGUGCGGGGGACGGCGCGGCAGGAGCCAGGACGGGCGCCAGGCAAGGGUGAUCCUCAAUAGAACCUACUAGAGGCUACAGAAAAAAACCUAGGCAGAAUAAAAAACGGUGAAAUAGGUUGUUCUAAGGAAGUAAGAUGGAUCCCUGUUCAGUUGGAGUUCAGCUUCGUGCUACCAAUGAAUGUCAUAAGACAUACUAUACUCGACAUACUGGCUUCAAGACUUUGCAAGAAUUGUCAUCAAAUGAUGCGCUUUUACUUCAGCUUAGAACCGGAAUGACCCUCUCUGGAAACAAUACGAUUUGCUUCCAUCAUGCAAAAAUUUACAUUGAUCGAUUUGAGGACUUGCAAAAGUCAUGUUGUGAUCCUUUUAACAUACACAAAAAACUGGCCAAGAAAAAUUUGCAUGCGAUUGACUUAGAUGAUGCCACUUUCCUAAGUGCCAAGUUUGGAAGACAGCUUGUACCUGGUUGGAAGCUUUGUCCAAAAUGCACACAGAUAAUCAAUGGAAGUGUGGAUGUUGAAUCUGAAGAUCGCCAAAAAAGGAAAGCUGAUUCAGACGGGAGGACUGCUAAAGCCUUGAGGUCCUUACAGUUUGCAAAUCCAGGAAAGCAAACUGAAUUUACUCCAGAGACGACUACUGGUAAGAGGGAAAAGAGAAGACAAACCAAGGCAACCAAUUCAGACAGGCAGGUGAUACCACCAAAGAGCAAAGUCUAUGACAGCCAAGGCCUCCUAAUAUUCAGUGGAAUGGAUCUCUGUGACUGCCUUGAUGAAGAUUGUCUGGGGUGUUUCUACGCUUGUCCCAAUUGUGGUUCUAACAAGUGUGGAGCUGAAUGCCGCUGUGACAGAAAAUGGCUUUAUGAACAGAUUGAGAUAGAAGGAGGAGAGAUUAUUCAUAAUAAGCAUGCUGGGUAAUUUGAGUGGUUUGAAAAUGAGCUAAUCUAAUUCUAUGUAGCUCAAAAAUUCUGCUGUAGAAUAUAUUUACAAUUUAAGCAUGAUAAACUAGUGACAAGAGGGUUUGAAAAAUGUCAUUACACAUGAAUGUUGUAUACUAGAUGUUUCAGAAUUCAUUGUUUUGUGUACAUUUUAGCUGGACUUUAAAAAUCAGCUUUAGUAUGUUGUAGAUAAAUAAGCUAGCUGAGUAGAUGGGGGAACAGUACUUGACUGUGCAAGCAAAACAUACCUUUGUGCAAUUGUUAAAAACCAUUCUAUAUUGGUUACUAAGAAUUAAACAGGCCAAAAAUCUUCAAAGCAGUUUUUCAGAUUAUAUUCACUUUGAAUAAAGAAACAAAAUUAAAAUAAAUUGUUUUUAAGGCUA